CACACACACACAAACACACUCAAACCCUCCUCCAGCUCCUCCACCUCCACCAUGGCCACCUCUGCCCUGUCCGUCUGCUCCAGCGACCUGAGCUAUGACUGUCCAGAGAGCUGCUGUGAGCCCCCCUGCUGUGCCCCCAGCUGCUGCACCCCGGCCCCCCGCCUGACCCUCCUCUGCGCCCCAGUGAGCUGCGAGUCCAGUCCCUGCUGCCAGCCAGCCUGCAGCAGCUCCUGCCCGGCCUUGGGCUGCCAGCAGUCUAGCUGCCAGUCCUCCUGCUGCACCUCCUCCCUUUGCCAGCAGGCCUGCUGUGAGCCCGUCUGCUGCAGGCCCAUCUGCUGCAGGCCUGUCUGUUGCACACCUGUCUGUUGCACACCUGUGUGCUAUGAAGCCUCCCCCUGUUCUGUCUCCUCAUGCUGCCAGCCGUCUAGCUGCCAGUCCUCCUGCUGCACCUCCUCCCCCUGCCAGCAGGCCUGCUGUGAGCCCGUCUGCUGCAGGCCCGUCUACUGCAGGCCUGUCUGCUGCAGGCCCGUGUGCUGUGAGGCCUCCCCCUGCUCAGCCCCCUCGUCCUGCUGCAGACCCUCCUCCUCCGUGUCCCUGCUCUGCCGUCCCGUGUGCCGCCCUGCCUGCUGUGUGCCCACCUCCUCUUGCCAGCCCAGCUGCUGCCGCCCGGCCUCCUCUGUGUCCCUGCUCUGCCAGCCCGCAUGCUCCCGCCCGGCCUGCUGUGUCCCCGCCUUGGCCCUGGGGCCCUGCUGCUGAGUGUUCCUCUCAAGGUCACCCCAAAGUGUGAGAGCUCACAGUCAUCUGCAACCUUGGACUCCUUACUAAUAGCCUAGACAGCUUUCCCGUCGCCGCCCCAGGCCCUGCCGUGAAGGCUGCCAGGUCACCCCUCCUGGGAACGGCACACCCACUUCUUCCAGUGCCGACUCCCCUCCCCCCACCCUGUCCUGUGUCAACCUUCCCUCCACAACCUGGCUUGGCAGCCCAGCUCUCCCAGGGGUUUGAGCCUCACGUGGCAUGAAGGAAGAGAAGAUAAAUGCUUGGAGUUGGUUUCUCAUCCUCGCCCUCUGAGCUCUGCUGCGACCCCUGCUCGUUCCUAAGCUGGUUUCAAUUUCCCCUCCCCUGUGAGCUGUCAGUCCCUUCCAAUAAAUUCCUUUCCUGAUCAGUUUAA